AUGUCGACCCAGACGACGACCGCUAAGCGGAACCCCGCGGACUCUAUGGUGUCUACCUGGCGCCAUGACCGAUCUCAGUGGCAGGUAUGGCACUGGAUGGUUGAACUUCUUGGUUUGCACCUCGUGGAUCUUGAAGGGGAAGUGCCAGUCUUCUCCAAGAAAGAGAAAAUUCACGCCGUCCAGGAAUGGACACUCCAUCUGUGGAUCCUCUUACACGCGGCGAUCCCACUCGUGCUUCACCACGCAUAUACAACCUAUACCGGUAACAACCUCAGCCUGCUCGCCGCCUUCGCAUUAUAUUCGAGCGCAUUCAAACUGAACGGGAUCCACGAAAUGCACAUUAUGCGCCGCCUAGGUCAACGCUAUGGCUUUUUGGAUGGGGACAAGCAUCCACGCGACGAUAUUCCCGAUGUUGGUGUUGGCAAGGUGAUCCGAGAACUCAUGUCCACUUCGACAUUCCGCAUGAUAAUGGCCAUCUAUCUUACCUACCAGCCAAGUGAGACUCCGGCAACAAUGGAAUGGAAAUGGCUACCUUUGGAGAUAGGCCUCUACAGCAUCACGGUAGACUUUUGGUUCUACUGGUAUCACCGUUUGAUGCACUCGGUGGGACCAUUGUGGAAGUUCCACCGUAGGCACCACCUGACAAAGCAUCCCAAUCCCUUGCUCUCUGCCUACGCGGAUCACGAGCAAGAAUUUAUGGAUAUCACUGGCAUCCCGCUUCUUGCAUACACCACUUUAAAGAUUCUUGGUCUACCUAUGGGAUUUUAUGAGUGGUGGAUCUGCUUCCAAUAUAUUGCGUUCUCGGAAUUUAUCGGACACAGCGGUCUCCGAAUCCAUGGCGGUGCGCCCUCUACUUUCAACUGGUUGCUGGAACUCUUCGAUGCGGAGUUGGUGAUUGAGGACCACGACCUUCAUCACCGGUAUGGAUGGAGAAAAAGCCACAACUAUGGCAAGCAGACUCGGCUUUGGGAUAGGAUAUUUGGGACUUGUCAUGAUCGCAUUGAGAGCGUCAAAGACAACGUCGAUUACACCAAUCGUGUUACUAUGCCUCUAAUUUGA